UUUUAUGUAAACAUAUUGUUGUUAUGACAGGUGAUUCAACAAGUUACCAUGGCUACAUGAUUAACAAACAAUAUAAACAAUUAAUUGUUUAUAAAAUAAUUUACUUUUGAUUGGUAAUAUUUAUUUGAAGCAUGGAUUGGACUACUGAUAAUGAUAAUUCAUCAAAAAAGAGCUCAAAAACAAUGGGUGAUAAAAAUUAUUUACAACAAUUAAUACCAAGACUUGGUAGACGAGCUGGUCAAAAUAAUUUACAAGAAGAUAAUACAAAAUUUGAUGAUGAUUUUUUGGAAGGUAGUGGUGUAUCAUCUGGUGCAUCAACUAGAAGUCGUCCUUUUGCUCCACCAAGAGCACGUAAAACUGGCUGGGGAGAUGAAUUAAAAAGUGCAAAAAUGAGAUCAGCAAAUUUAUUAGAAACAGAAAUAAGAAGAAGAUCAUCUGAAGAAGACGAUGAUAUUCCAGUGAUACCUGAUAUUGAUGAAAUUCAGGAAGACAAUAUGACCUCACCAGACUUAGCAAAUGCUCCCUCUGUGGGAAUUAAUCGUGUUGCAGCAUACAAAGAGCUGGACAGUGAUUUAUUAAAAAAUUCAUCAUUUGCAAUGAUAGAUGAUAUUAAUCUUUCAUUGCUAACUGAAAAAUUAUAUCCAGAUAAAUUACUUGAUGAGCCUGAUGAAGUUUGGAGCUGGGAUCAAUUAUUUAUCCAAGUAUCAUCAGAAUUAAACAGCGAAUUGAUAAAUUAAUUUUAAA